AUGGGAAAGCUGGACGACAAGGUAGCGCUGAUAACCGGCUCGGGCCGGAACAUUGGGAGAGCCACCGCCCUCAAGUUCGCCGAAGAGGGCGCUGACAUUAUUGUUAACGCCCGCAGCAACCGGGAGGAGGCCGAAUCGGUGGCUGAAGAGAUACGAGUUCUGGGCCGGCGAGCCCUGCCUGUCCUGGCCGACGUGUCCAACAAGGAGCAGGUGGACAGCAUGGUCAAGAUGGGCCUGGACGAAUUUGGCCGGAUUGACAUUCUUCUUAACAAUGCCGCCAUCCGACCCCACAAGCCGUUUCUGGAAUUGACCGUGGAGGACUGGGAAUAUGUGAGGGGGGUGGUACUGGACGGCGCCUUUUACUGCACCCACGCGGUAAUGCCUUCGAUGGUAGAGAACAACUAUGGUCGGGUGCUCUUCUUCACUGGCGACGGCGCCUGGGCUGGAGGGGCCCAACGGGGGCACGUAUCGGCUGCCAAGAUGGGACUGGUUGGCUUUUCGCGGAGUCUGGCCACCGAGUUUGCACCCAACAACGUACGGGUUAACGUAGUAUCCCCGGGCAGCAUCGACACAAGCCGGGCCAAUCCGGAGUGGUACGUCGAAAGUCGGCCUCCCAGUGCCUCCGGCAUCCCCCUGGGCGCCAGGGCAAAACCGACGAAAUCGCCGCCGCCUGCCUGUUCCUGGUCAGCGACGACGGGGGAUUUAUAA